AACCAAGCUGGGACUAUGCUGUGUUCAUUAUCUAUAGAUGAACCAAUCUGGGACAAUACUGUGCUGAUUCUCCAUGUGCUGUCUCUUCUCCACCAGAACGGCCUGAUCAGAGAUCUGGAGCUCAGUAAGAAGCUGGUUGAGGAAACACACCAUGAGAAGGAGCAGCUAUUGAUCCAGAUUGAGACGAUGCGGGCGGAGAACGAGCAAGGCAGGAACAGGAGCAACUCACUGCUGCACCAUGGGCGGUCUCACCAAGGCAGCACCCCAGACUUCAGGUACCCGGUGUCGGCCUCCUCUAUGAUGGACAGCCACUCGGACCACUACGGCAGCGCGCUGGUGCUGAGGCGGCCCCAGAAGGGGCGUCUCGCCGCGCUACGGGACGAACCCUCCAAGGUCCAGACUCUGAAUGAACAGGAGUGGGAGCGUGUGCAGCAGGCUAAUGUUCUGGCCAACGUUGCUCAGGCGUUUGAGUCUGACCUGGACACGUCAGACCUGGAGGACGAUGAGCGCGAGACCAUCUUCAGCUCAGUGGACCCACUGUCCCCUGCUGGCCAGGCCGACGCUCAGACCCUGGCCCUCAUGCUGCAGGAGCAGCUGGACGCCAUCAACAACGAGAUCAGGAUGAUUCAAGAGGAGAAGGAGAACACAGCCAUGCUGGCAGAGGAGAUCGAGAGCCGUGUGGGCAGUGGGGACAGCCUGGGGGGCAGCCGCUUCCGCUCCAUGAGCUCCAUCCCCCCCUCCUCCAUGGGGGGCUCGUCGCCCCCCGGCUCAGGCUCCUCCACCCCGCGACGCAUCCCCAACCGCAGCCCCAACCGAGAGGUGGACCGCAUGGGAGUCAUGACCCUGCCUAGUGACCUGCGCAAGCAUCGCAGGAAGUCUGCCCAGGACGACAAGACCACAAUCCAGUGUGAGACGUCUCCUCCCACCACCCCGCGCUCCAUGCGCCUGCACAAGGGGGCCAGCCACACUGCCAGCCAUGAGGACAUCAGAGACAUCCGCAGUAUGACCACCCUACAGGACGGACAGGGUAGUAACCCCAGCAGCAGUAACAGCAGUCAGGACUCCCUGAACAAGGCAGCCAAGAAGAAGAGCAUCAAGUCCUCCAUCGGGCGCCUCUUCGGCAAGAAGGAGAAGGGUCGGCCAGGCCCCCCAGGGAGCAAGGAGUCCCCUGGCAGCCAAGCUGGUACCCCCGAGGCAGAGACUUCUCCCCAGGAUGCGCUGGGGCUGGGCAAACUAGGCGGACCCGCUGAGAAGAACAGGAAACUGCAGAAGAAGCAUGAGUUGCUGGAGGAGGCUCGCAGGCAGAGUCUUCCCUUCGCCCAGUGGGAUGGCCCUACUGUAGUGGUCUGGCUGGAGCUGUGGGUGGGUAUGCCAGCCUGGUACGUGGCGGCGUGUCGUGCCAAUGUGAAGAGCGGUGCCAUCAUGUCUGCCCUGUCGGACACAGAGAUUCAGAGGGAGAUUGGCAUCAGUAACCCCCUCCACCGCCUCAAACUGAGACUGGCCAUCCAGGAGAUCAUGUCUCUCACCUCCCCCUCUGCCCCCCCGACCUCCAGAACCUCCACGGGGAACGUGUGGGUCACACACGAAGAGUUGGAGUGCCUUGCGGCCACGCCCUCCACGGAGGAUGACGAGGGCAGCUGGGCCCAGACGCUGGCGUAUGGAGACAUGAACCAUGAGUGGAUUGGUAACGAGUGGCUGCCCAGCCUGGGUCUGCCCCAGUACCGGUCCUACUUUAUGGAGUCCCUGGUAGAUGCACGCAUGCUGGACCACCUCACCAAGAAGGACAUGAGGGGACAACUUAAAAUGGUGGACAGUUUCCACAGGAACAGUUUCCAGUGUGGGGUGAUGUGUCUGAGGAGACUGAAUUACGACAGGAAGGAGCUGGAGAGAAGGCGUGACGAGACCCAGCUGGAGCUGCAAGGUAACAGCUGGGAUAACGACGUGCUGGUGUGGAGCAACGAGCGUGUGAUCAGCUGGGUACAGGCCAUGGGGCUGAAGGAGUACAGUAACAACCUGCUGGAGAGCGGCGUGCACGGAGCCCUGCUGGCCCUGGAUGAAACCUUCGACCACAACGCCCUGGCCCUGCUGCUGCAGAUCCCCAACCAGAACACACAGGCGAGAGCAGCUCUGGAGAGUGAGUAUAACAGUCUACUGGCCAUCGGUACAGAGAGGAGACUGGAUGAGAAUCUCUUCCAGGAGGAUGAUAACAACUUCCGGCGCGCCCCCUCCUGGAGGAAGAAGUUCCGGCCCAAAGACGCACGGGGGACGUCCCCGGGCUCAGCCGACACCCUGCCCGCCAACUUCAGACUGACCAAUAGCAACGCAGCGUCCCCCUCCAUGCAGCCAAAAAGGAGCCCCAUGGACGGGAGUCAGUCUGCAAUACAGAGGCUGGACACUGCCACAGUCAGGACAUACUCCUGCUAACACAACACAGUGACUGCUGGUUGGAGGAUGAGGGGUGUGAGUUUCCCCCCAUCAGGAGCAGCUGCUGACUCUGCAAGGACACUUCGCACAGAGUUUUAUUGUUAUCGCAGAGAUAAAAUAACUAGCAACCACGUCACCAAUCUCAGUACUAGAGGGCCCAUGUCCUAGAUGUAUCAAUCUUUAUUGUUCUAUUUAUGUUAGCAAGCUGGUGGGACAUUUCAAUGGUUUUAGGUUUGUUAUGUAUCUAUCUGUUACUUCAGCCCUCUCUCCCACCUAAAUGGAAAUAUCCCUCUUUUCUAAAACUGUUCCAACGGUGUCCUUAUCAAGGUUAACUCUCAGAUGUAACUGAAUGUUUUUACACGGUCUGGAGUUUGUAUAUUGACAGACAUUAUCUAAUCAUUUUAUAUAUAUAUAUAUAUAUAUAUUCCUGAUCUUGUAUUGACAAGAUGUAUGUUUUUAUUUCUCUGUCCUCUGUUGUUUUUAAUCAUUGAACUGAUGAUCAAGUGACUUUAAGAAGUGACUUUCUAACUGAAUUGGACCCCAUUUCCCUUCUCCACCAGCCUCUUGUUAUCUUCAAGCGUAUCCAUGGUGAUUAUUUGUAAAUUCAGCUCUUUUAGGACAAUGAGGAUAUGUGAAUAUCAGAAAUAUUGCUGGAGUUCUGACUGACAUUGUUUCACAAACUGCUACAACGCUGUGGUCGCAAAGCACCGGGCGGACCGUAGCCACAAGGCCCUAGGUAACUGUGACGACAGGUGACACGUGAAACAACUCUCUUUCUCUUUGUUCUUACCUGUGAAACCAAACCUGUAGAAAGACUGAAACAAAAGCCAUAAACAGUAGUGAAGACCAGGGCUGUUUUCAGAUGCAUCGCUUGGUAAGAGACCGUUCCACUGUGUAGGAUCUCCAAUUCUCCAGUCAACCUCGCAAGCCCAAACUCUCCAUUCCUCUUUCCCUCCUUCUCCUCAUCCCUCUCUUUUCCCUGCCUUCCCCUGGAGCGCGCUAACGUGAGCCAGACGCGUGUGAAGAUCAACUCGCGUGUACCUGAGCCGAAAGCGUGGCGGCUCUACUAUCGACGGACCAAGUCCACUGUGGCCUAAACUGAUCCCAGCGACUAGCUACUCACCCGAGGCGGAGCGAUCCACCCACAAACCCUUUAACCAACACUUUAUACUACGGAGACUUCUAAUCAAACCUGAUGGGGGUUCUUUAUACUACGGAGACUUCUAAUCAAGCCUGAUGGGGGUUUUUCUUACCUCCUUUCGCUGGCUGUCUUAUUUAUUCGUCACCCCCGUCGUGUUUGUUGCUUUCUCCGUUUGAUUUUUAGAAGUUGCCAUUUUUUCAAGCUGUUUCUGAGUGUUUUAACACAGGUUGCUGUGGCAAUACUUUUUCAAGACAGAUAAUGUCACGGAAGCGAAGACUUCCUUUCCACCCUACAUUAGUUGUGUUAUUCCCUUUGUGAUUUAGUCAUUUUAUAAUGCACAAUGCAAAUGCUGAUUAUUAUUUUAUUUUUUAUCUCCAGUUUUCCCUAUUUGUAUUCUCCUGCUCUGGUAACAAAAUGAUGUACAGUCUGAGUACUUAACUAUUUUAUCACAGUAUUAUUUAUGGAUUACUUUCAAUAAAAUACUGAAACUUAUUUUCCACUGCCAAUAAAAAGCUUAAGUCUU